AUGAGCGACAAGGGGAAGCACAAAGACUAUAUCAAGAGCAAACUGCAUUACUUGCUUGAAGACUUGGUAGCUUGCAUUCUAAUAGACAAGCCAACUCCCCCUGAACCAUUUAUACUUGACUGGCUGAACAAAAAAUCGGGAAAUUGCCUUUCUGAAGCUGAAAAAGAAGAACUUGCACAGUUAAGAGUUGAAGUCGAUAAGCUGCGCAACGGUCAAGAAACUGACACAAGUAGUGAAGGAAGUGAAGACGAUUAUAUAGACGAGCUCCCUUCUCCCACUCUUGAAAAGCCUAAGAAGGCCAGAAACUCAGUGAGCGCUGAAGCUUUUGGACUAUGAAACAAAAAAUCUGAUUUUCAGCCUCGAGUGAUACCUAAAAAUUCGCAGCAAAAAGAACGAAUUUCUGAAAGGCUCAAUAAGGCCUUUAUGUUUGCAGCUUUAGACGACAAUGAAAGAGAAAUUGUCAUCAAUGCUAUGGAAGAGAAGAAAUUCAGGCCUGGCGAUCAAGUCAUAAGGCAAGGAGAAGACGGUGACGAGCUAUUUGUAGUUGACACUGGGAAGCUAGAAUGCUCAAAAAUCUUCACUGCUGGGGAGCCUGAAAAAUUUUUGAAAUUUUACCACUCUGGCGAAGCAUUUGGGGAGCUUGCUUUAUUAUACAAUGUCCCAAGAGCGGCAUCAAUAAAAGCUGUGACCGAGUGCACAUGCUGGGUGCUAGAUAGAGCUUGCUUUAAUCACAUUGUGAAGGACUCUGCGGCAAGAAAGCGAGAACGUUAUGAGUCUUUUUUGACAGGGGUAGAGCUGCUUGAAAACAUGGACCCUUAUGAAAGGUCCCACAUAGCAGAUGCGUUGAAGCCAGCCCAGUUUAGAGAAGGAGAAUAUGUGAUCAGAGAAGGCGAAUGGGGCGAUGUGUUCUAUAUGAUUGAAGAAGGAACUGCAUUGGCCACCAAAACCUUUACACCUGGCUUACCUCCAGUUGAAGUAAAACAGUAUAAAGCUGGGGACUAUUUUGGUGAACUUUCCCUGCUUAGAGGUGAGCCGCGUGCUGCUAAUAUUAUUGCGACUAGCAAGCUCUCUUGUGUAGCAUUAGACAGAAGAGCGUUCAAGAGAAUGUUGGGGCCUCUUGAAGAAAUUCUGAGAAGAAACGCAAGAAAAUAUGAAGGAAUUCUUAAUAUAUAA